GGAGGGAUCUAAAGGAGUGAUCGAGAGGAGUGAUCUAAAGGAGUGAUCAAAAGGAGUGAUCAAGAGGAGUGAUCUAAAGGAGUGUUCGAGAGGAGUGAUCGAGAGGAGUGAUCGAGAGGAGUGAUCGAGAGGAGUGAUCUAAAGGAGUGCUCCGGUGCUGGUGAACCGGAGGGGAGGGGUUAUCCUCUGGCCUCACGGCCUCACUCCGCCUCCCCUCACAGCGUCGGACGGCUGCUCUCUCUUCAGCUCCGAUCCUCUCUCCAGUGAUCGUUGUCCCCCUGAAGGUUCUGCCGCCUGACGGCCGUCUUUCUGUCUGUCUGUGUCAGUCAGUCCGCCGUGCAGCACGAGGCUCCCCGCUGACUGAAGUUCCCCAAGUCCGACGGGUCGCGCUGAGCGAUGGUGACUUUACGCGCUGAACCAGAGGAGCUUUGAGGAGACGUGUUGUUCCCCCCACCGGGUCACACACCGGGUCCUGGACCAGGAGCAGGACAAGGACUAGCAAGCAGGAGGAUGUCGUCACAGCGGGCCUCUCCUCCCUAUCCCCCGUCGACAGAGGACGAGCCAAUGAUAGGCGGGGACAGUAGCGCCUGGGCCAAUGAGGACAGAGACAUACAGCAAGGCCCGCCUCCUCUUCAUAACAUGGAAGAGAGUUCAAACGAGCCGCAGCCAAAGAGAGAGAAGCAGGGCGGCGAGGGGGAGUGGGAGAGCUCCCGGCCAGCCCCCAUGGACAGUGAGCCGGGCAGCAAGGGGGGCUCGUUCUACUACCGGAACCCCUCCCCCACCAAGCCGGAGGACCUCCCCCGGGGCGAGCGGGGUGAGCCCGUCUCAACGCUGGCCUUCGGAACGCCAGAGCGGCGCAAGGGCAGCCUGGCGGACGUGGUGGACUCACUGAAGCAGAAGAAGAUGGUGGAGCUCACCAGGACAGAGCACGAUGUACUCCCUCUACUCCCCCUGCUCCACUCCCAGUACUCCAAAUACUCCCCCUACUCCAAGUACUCUCAGUAA